GUGUGGCCGCCGCUGUGCUGCGCAGCUCCAGACCUGUGGGGUGUUUGCUCUCUGCUCUCGCGUCCCCUCAGUCCAGCCGCCAUGAUAAGCGCCAGCAGAGCCGCGGCCGUGCGUCUCGUGGGCGCCGCAGCCUCCCGGAGUCUGGCGGCAGCCCGUCACCAGGAUGGCUGGAAUGGCGUUAGUCAUGAAGCUUGUAGAUUUGCUUCAAGAAGAGAUUAUGCAUCAGAGGCAAAGGGUGCAGUUGUUGGUAUUGAUCUGGGUACUACCAACUCCUGUGUGGCGGUUAUGGAGGGCAAACAAGCAAAGGUCCUGGAGAAUGCUGAAGGUGCCAGAACUACGCCUUCUGUUGUUGCCUUUACAGCAGAUGGAGAACGACUUGUUGGUAUUCCAGCAAAGCGACAGGCUGUCACCAACCCAAACAACACCUUCUAUGCUACUAAGCGUCUGAUUGGACGUCGCUAUGAUGACCCUGAAGUACAGAAAGACACCAAAAACGUUCCCUUUAAGAUUGUCCGUGCCUCUAAUGGUGAUGCCUGGGUUGAGGCUCAUUGGAAACUCUAUUCUCCUAGUCAGAUUGGAGCAUUUGUGUUGAUGAAGAUGAAAGAGACUGCGGAAAAUUACUUGGGUCACACAGCAAAAAAUGCUGUGAUCACAGUCCCUGCUUAUUUCAGUGACUCACAUCGACAGGCCACGAAGGAUGCUGGCCAGAUAUCUGGGCUAAAUGUACUUCAAGUGAUUAAUGAACCUACAGCUGCUGCCCUGGCGUAUGGUCUGGACAAAUCCGAAGAUAAAGUCAUUUCUGUGUAUGAUUUAGGUGGUGGAACCUUUGAUGUUUCUAUCCUGGAAAUUCAGAAAGGAGUGUUUGAGGUGAAAUCCACCAAUGGGGAUACUUUCUGUGGCGGUGAAGACUUUGACCAGGCUUUGUUACGACACAUUGUCAAGGAGUUCAAGAGGGAGACAGGGGUUGAUUUGACGAAAGACAACAUGGCACUUCAGAGGGUUCGGGAAGCUGCUGAGAUGGCUAAGUGUGAACUCUCCUCAUCUGUUCAGACUGACAUCAACUUGCCAUAUCUUACAAUGGAUGCUUCUGGACCCAAACAUUUGAAUAUGAAGGUAACUCGAGCUCACUUUGAGGGCAUCGUCGCAGAUCUAAUCAAGAGGACUGUUACUCCCUGCCAGAAAGCGAUGCAAGACGCAGAAGUCAGCAAGAGUGACAUAGGAGAAUUGAUUUUGGUUGGUGGCAUGACGAGGAUGCCCAAGGUUCAGCAGACUGCGCAAGAUAUGUUUGGCAGAGCCCCAAGUAAAGCUGUGAAUCCUAAUGAGGCUUUAGCCAUCAGAGCUGCCAUUCAGGAG